CGGUCUCGUGGGAAGAGAGGGGCGCUAAACCAUAUUAGGAAAUAGGGUCACGGGACUGAGGGACGUCGACGGCCAAUUCGGCUGCAACGACUGAGCUGCCGCCCAUUAAUAACCUCCCCGUUAUACCAUCUUCCCCAUUCCCUUUUUCCCUCUCCCAAUUCCUCUAUAACGCCAAAAUGGGUGGUGGCGGCAAGAUCCCGUACCCCAAGGAAGUCUGGUCUCCCGCCGGAGGCUGGUACGCUCAACCCGCGAACUGGAAAGCCAACACGGCUAUCAUCGGUGCUGCUGUCAUCGGAAUCGUUGCUGCGACCUGGAGCCUCAGCGCCGAGCGUGAGCACCGCGACAAGAUGCCCGAGCCCGGCAGAUUCUUUCCCAGUCGCUACUGGAGCAAGCAAAUUAUCGAACACGAGAGACAGCAGAAGAACGAGUCAUAGAACGAUAUCCGGGUCCGGAGAAUACGAAGCAAAGGGAAAAUCCGUGAAAGGGAUUCUAUGAUGAAA